UACACAGCGAAAUUCAUCAUCGUGUUUAAGGCAUUUCUCUUUUUUAUUCCUUUUUAAACAUGUGGCUGAUCAGAUUGUAUUUGUUUUUGAUUUACAUACAACUCACGUACUGCAAGGCCGUGCCAAAAUCAUUAACGAAAGAAGAAUUCUUAGCAGAGAGAAAAGAGGCACAUUGGCAUGAGCAAGUGAUAAGUGCCGGUGGUGACAUUCACCUUUCGCCAAAGGAGCAGUAUGUGGAUAAGUUACUUCUGGACCUAAAGGCAGCAGAUUUUGAAGAUGCCAGAUUAGGAAAGAAACCCUUUCUUCCAAGUCUUCACUUCUUUGAGGCCAAACCACUCAUUGAUAAUAGCAGUAUAUUUCACAUAAUAAAGGACAUACCAAAAGGAGCCGUUCUUCACAUUCAUGACACAGCAAUGGUGAGCUUAGACUGGGUGGUAAAGAAUGUCACAUACCGUGACAACUUAUAUAUGUGUGUUCCAGCCAAUAACAAUGAGAGGGUAGAGUAUUUAUUUGCUGAUCGGCUGCCCAAUGCCACAGAUCAGUGCUCGUGGGAGCUAGUCAGAAAUCGUCGAGAGAAUUCAACAGACGUCGAAGAGUUUGAUGAAUGGCUAAAACGCCAAAUGUCGUUAUUGCGAGAUGAUUUAGCCAGUACAAACCCGACCCAAGACGACAUAUGGAAGCAGUUUACGUCUUGUUUCUCCGUCAUGAAUGGAAUGGUUUACUAUCCUCCAGUGGUUCGGGAUUACUUCCGCCGAGCCUUGCAGGAGUUCCACGAUGACAACGUUCAAUAUAUUGAAGUUAGAAUCCUGUUGAAGGAGACGUACAAUCUUGAUGGAACCAAGAAUGACUUUCUGUACCUUUUGGAAAUGUAUAGAAAUGUCUCAGAAGAGUUCAAAAGAGACAAUCCUACGUCGUCCGGAGCAAAGGUCAUCAUAACGGGCAUCAGGAAUUUCAACAAUAGCGUGAUUCGGACAUUAAUUAAGCAGGUUACGCAGUUCAGACAAAGGUUUCCAGACUUCAUCGUCGGGUUUGAUCUUGUCAGCCAGGAAGAUCGUGGUAAACCACUGUUAUAUUAUCUGGAUGAGCUGAUAGCACCGAACGCACAUGAUCCUUCUACGUUACCAUACAUCUUCCAUGCAGGAGAAACAGUGUGGCAGGGCACUGUCGUUGACGAAAACAUCAUCGACGCCAUUUUGCUAGGUACUAAAAGACUUGGACAUGGAUUUGCGAUUUCUAAACACCCUUGGGGAUUGGAAGAGGUCAAAAAGAGAGACAUAGCAAUCGAAGUUAACCCUAUAUCAAAUCAGGUGCUGGGCUUGGUGAAGGACUUGCGCAACCACCCGGUGAGCUUCCUCCUGGCGCAGAAUUAUCCCAUUGUUAUCAGCCCUGACGAUCCGCCUAUGUGGGGAGCCAAAGGCCUGUCAUAUGACUUCUUCGAGGCCUUUAUGGGGCUGACAGGAGCAAAAACUGGACUUGCUUUCUUGAAGAAAAUGGCGAGGAAUUCACUAGAGUACAGCUCACUGUCCACUGAGGAGAAGAAAAUGGCACUGGAUGUUUGGGAAGUCAAGUGGAACACAUUCAUCGACAACACAGUAGGCAAUGUGACGAUAAACGUGACAGAACCUGCUAGUACAUCAAACCCGACAAACAGGAAUGGCACAAAUGACUCUGCGACAUUUGGCCUUCAUCGGACGUUGAUAUUCCUCAUCUGUUUGUUAUCUCUAAAUAUGUGGUCCAGUUUUGUGCAGAAGCCAUGCUAAUCGCCAUAAUGCAUAUAUCAGUAUUUACGCACGCCUCAACUAGAACUGUUGCUAUGCUUUCCCAUUUAUCAGAUUAUUACAUAGUAUUGUCGAGAGGGCUGUCUUCAACAUUGAAAUGGACGUACUGUAUAUAUACGAAGCUUGAUGAAAACAUACACGGAAUAGCCCCUGAAAAGUUUUUAUUGAAAAAACAUUCAACCUUAACUGAAAUGACAAAUUGAAAUCAGCAACAUAAAUUCGACACAACUGAGAUAUUUAAGCAAGAUAAACUACAUUCAUCUCACAAAUACUAUGAUUUCAUUAUCUGUUUUCGGCUUUGCCUCAACCGAUUUUGAUUUACACACGUGGUUAUACAUGUAAACGAUUUUUUAGAAAUCAAACCUGAUUUAAUGUAUACGUUUGUCAUUUAUUAUACUGUUGACAACGAAACAUGCUAUGUGCUGAUGUUUUGAAAACUCAGUCUUAUUGUAAACGUGGGGUCGUUUAUUAAUAAUUGAUCAAAUCUCAACUUGUAUAGCUAUUAGAGGUAUGUAAUGUAAACCAUUAUCACAUCAGGGUCAGUGAAUCGUUACAUGUAUAUGGAUUUACUGCUCUAUCGUAAAUGUGUUAGUGUAACCAGAGUAUUGUUUAUAUAUGGUGUUGGGUGUCUUUGGUGUGUUGUACCGUAUAGGCUUGUAAACUACAUACUCAAAUAAAUUGGUCUCUGCUUUCAUUUUAUCAUGCUAGUGAGAUGUAAAGUUGACAAAUAUGAAUAAAAUAUUAAU